CGGCGGACCGCUAUUUCUGCCUUUGUUCGGUUUAAAUCACCUAGUUAGCUGUUAAAGUGUAGUUGACGCUUGUUUAAUGUUAUUUAAUUAAUUGUGACGGUUGCUGCGCCAUUUUUUCGUGGUCGUUGCGCCACUCCAGCCGCUAGCUUGUCUGUAGUUGUGCUUGUACUUGUUGCGUGAAAAAGCUUAAAUUGACGAGAUUUAACGGGUUUGUUUCCACGCUUGUGUGGACAUUGCCGUGGGCUCGGCGUGGGUCCCGUGGAGCCGCCGUCCUCUCGGCACUGCAGUUAGCCCUGCUCUCACGGUUGGCGGAGGAAGGUCACGUUAUAAAGCGGCUCGUCACUAGCGGCAGCUGAACCGGGGACUGCGCAAAAACCCCGGUGCUGACGUCAUGGGGAGCCACCGACCACUCUGAACCAGAGACUGUGGAGUCUAUCCUCUGAACCCGGUCUAACGAACCCAUACAGCGACGACUAGUACCGGGGACCAGCAUUCAGCGGGGCCGGGGGCGAGAACGAGUCGACGGACAUAGUUUUCUUUUAACGUGUGGCCGGUAAAGUAAAACAAAGAAGAAGAAAAAAAACAAGCCGCGGAGAUUGUGCGACUGCGGCGCACCAUGAGAGCGCUUCCCCGCUGUUAAAGCGACUUCCACGGCUGUUUUCUGCCUCAAAACGAGCCGAGCAGCGACGGGGAUAAGCAGCCAGAGGACUAAUCCCCGGGACGGUCACAUUCACGGCGGCGGCGCUUGGACCCGACAGAAAUGGACAGGGCAGCACGAACUGGAUUAAAUGGUAGGGAAUAAAGAGGCGCAGCGCACAAAGCCCGUUAACCUGUGUGAUCUUUAUUUGGCUGGAAAUGGGAGCUUUGACGAGCAGACAGAACAUAGGCGUGGAAGAAGUGGACAUCCCGUCCAAUUCGGUGUAUCGGUACCCACCGAAAUCUGGGAGUUACUUUGCCAGCCAUUUCAUCAUGGGGGGAGAGAAGUUUGACUCCACCCAUCCAGAGGGUUACCUGUUUGGGGAAAACACAGACCUGAACUUCCUGGGGACCAGACCAGUAGCGUUUCCGUAUGCAGCCCCUCCACCUCAGGAACCAGUAAAGACGCUACGAAGCCUUAUAAACAUUCGAAAGGACACGCUGCGGCUCGUAAGGUGCAGCGAAGAGCUGAAGCUGCCGGGCGACGAGGCGGCGGGAAAGAACAGAGCGUGCUACAACGUGGAGUUUACCUUUGACGCUGACACACAGGUGGCCAUCACCAUCUACUACCAGGCCAUAGAGGAGUUUCACAAUGGAGUGCCAGUUUACCUGCCACAGGACAGCUCACUGCAGUCUGAGACGGUGCACUUCAAGAGGGGAGUCUGCCAGCAGUUCUGUCUGCCCUCGCACACCGUCAACCUCAGUGAAUGGGCCGACGAUGAGCUGCUGUUUGAUACGGACAAGGAGAUUUUCCCCAUGGUGGUGCAGGCAGUCGUCGAUGAGGGAGAAGAGCAUUUGGGCCACUCUCACAUACUGCUGGCUACAUUUGAAAAGCACAUGGACGAGAGCUACUGUGUGAAGCCUCUGAAGCAGAAACAAGUGGUGGAUGGUGUGAGCUACCUGCUGCAGGAGAUCUAUGGGAUAGAGAACAAAUACAACAGUCAGGAAUCAAAGGUUGCUGACGACGAGAUCAGCGACAACAGUGCGGAGUGUGUCGUUUGUUUGUCUGAUGUGCGAGACACACUCAUCCUACCAUGCAGGCAUCUGUGUCUCUGCAACGCCUGCGCAGACACGCUGCGCUACCAGGCCAACUGCUGCCCGAUCUGCAGACUGCCAUUCAGAGCUCUGCUUCAGAUCCGAGCAAUGAGGAAGAAACUCAGUCCUCUGUCACCCACCAGCUUUAACCCUGUCAUCACUUCCCAGACCUCCGACUCAGAGGAACACUCGGCGUCGGAGCACAUCCCUCCAGGCUACGAGGCGGUGUCUCUCCUGGAAGCACUGAACGGACCCCUCAACGCCUCCUCGGUGGCUCCUCCUCCUGCUCUCCACUCUGGUCCCAGCCACAUCUCCGGAGCGCUUCCUCCCUACAGCAGCGAGCCCCAUCCAGCACCGGCCCGCUCCCUCUCCCCUCUGGACCACUCCAACUCCAGUCAGGGACUCAAGAAGAGUGCUUCAAAGUCACUUUCCCAGAAUUCCUCUGUGCUUCCCGAGGAGGAGGAUGACAAGUCUUGCAGUGAGUCGGAGGCCUGUCACCACAAACUCGUUGUGGACCAGCAGGAGUGUGGAGUGACUCCAGACAGCGAGAACUUGACUCUGUCCUCGUCUGGAGCCAUCGACCAGUCGUCCUGCACCGGCACCCCGCUGUCCUCCACCAUCACCUCCCCUGAAGACCCAGUGAGCAGCAGCCUGGCCCAGUCAGUGAUGUCCAUGGCCUCGUCCCACUCGCAGCACUCCCACAUCAGCACUGACACCAUGUCCUCCAUGUCAGGGUCCUACCUGGCCGGGGCCGAAGGCGAACCUCGGGGGGACGAUGGUGGAGAGGUGGAGGGCCAGGAGAACCAGGACGCCCCCAUGGAGAGCCGAGGACUGUCGCAGCAGCAGGAUGGGGAGUUUUCCAAGGAGCCAAAGGAACAAAAAUACUCAGUUGCUGUAGAGGAACAGGACUCAGAGGGAAAUGAUGUCACUGAAGAGGACUGCUCCUCCCCAUCUAAUGGGAAAGGUGGGCGGCCCAGGUGUCCAGAGUUGGCCAAUAACAAUCAGGGUGUCGCCCUCUGUGACACGCCCUCUUUGGGGUUGGAUAAUGAGCAGGCUCCCGACAGCCGAUUCACUGAUCUGAUGUACCUCGGGGGCUAUAGGCCUGUUUUGGAGCCCCACCACGACUCCACCAGCAGCAUCAACCUGGAGGAGGAGCAGGGGGCAGAGAACAGGGACGGCCAGAGUCCCAAACAUCCCCGCCGUGGACCACUCAUUGUGUAACCCUAACCCCAACACAAACUGUACCCGUCCAGACUGAGCUCUUCUUACCCUGCCAUAGUGCUGCAACGCUGGAUUCCGUCCUCACUGACCAGAGAAACAUCCAUCAACACCUCCUGGAUUGACUGUCUUUGUUGGAACUUUAAAAAGAGGACUCACCCCUCCAUCGUCUGUGCACUUUGAUCUCACAGGACUUUCCUUGUUUUCUUGUCUGUGACCUAAACUUGUGGGAAUGAUUAGCCUACUGCUACAUUAUUAUUUAUUACCUGUAGGUUUAAUGAGAGCUACGUAUUGUGACACUAUCUUUAGAAGAAUACAUGCUGCUGCUCCUUCUGUCCUUCCUAUUACCAGCCAAGCAGUCAGGGGCUACCGUGAUCGGCAAUCGGAUUUAUUACUAGCUAUCGUUUUCUUCUUCUUCUCUGUUAUAAACUGUUUGUAGAACGAGUGGUCGGACAUUUUGACACUAAACGUCAGCUCACACCGGACUACCUUACCUAGGGUUAGGGUUAGGUAGUCCUAUGUUGACCCUCCUCCUCGGAUCAGGGAGCUCCCAUCUCGCAUGCAGCUUUCCUCUCAUCCCCGCUUUCGAAAACACGUCUGCCGAAUGUGAAUUCAGAUGCGGUCGGACCUAUACGGUGGUGGACGAGCUGAGAAACGGUGGCCAAAAUAAACAGAUGAACUUAAUGUAAAACAUAAAAACAACAACAACAAAACAAAGACGUCGCACAGAAUGUAGGACUAUGAACGUGGAACUUACAGAAGGGGAAUGUACAUCUAAAAUCAUCACCGAAACUGGAAUUAAACACAAACUUUGAUACUCACACACCCACUGUUACCAUUUUUCUCCUCCCACAGCUUCAUCUUAGCAUGUCAGUGUUAUUGUAGUGAAACUGGAGACCAACAAAUAGCACCGAGCAAUAAAGAAAACUGCAUCUCCUCCUUUUUCUCCUGCACUAGGACGCUCAUUUGCAGUUCAAACGAUGACAAACUGUGUUUGCACUGGUCUGUUCUAUUCAGACAUUUCAGUGUUUUUUUUUUCUCAUUUUAUUUUAACGUUGCCAUUAUGAAGGGGUUUAUUGUGAGAACAGCACCAUACAGUGAAUCUGAAAGCACUUAGAUUUACACACUGUUGGCUGACAUUUUGUUGGUCCUCAUACUCCCCCGUUGUGAUCAUCCCGAGAGCCCUUUUCUUCUCGUUUGUGAAGCUUUUAGUUGUUUUGGUUUUGUAUAACUUUAAUGUGUAUCUCACCUGUUGUUGAUGUUUCUGUGUUUAAACACAGUGUUUUAAUAAACACUGUGUCGUUUAUUAGAAUGUGGAUAAAAAUAUGUGAAAGUUUUGUAAAGGUUUACAACGCUUGCGGCUCACAUUACCAAUAAAACCGAAAAGGGACGAUAUCAACA